AUGACCGAGUCGGACACUCAAAAACAUUCUGUUCAUACACUUGUAUUCCGUUCAUUAAAACGCACGUAUGAUAUGUUUUUGUCUAAUCAAAACCAUCCAACAGCCCAAGAUGAACAAGCUGAAAGUAUAUUUAGGAAAACUAAAGCAAAUGAUCAGUAUGGUACCGUUUUAGCAUUGCCAAAAGGAAUGAAGCCUCAUGUUCAAUACCACCAUGAAACUUCAGAAACACAAAACAAAGAUACGUCUGAUUCAAAUGAUGUGUUACAAAAUGGAAAUGAAAUUGUGAAUGAGCGUUUAUCUAGUGAUUUUGCGGAUUCUGACGUUUCCAGGCCAAUGUAUGCCGAUACCCAACCAGCUAAUGCUAGCAACGCGUUAGUACUUUCAUCAAAACAAUCUGCAGCAAAUCAACUAAUACCACGAAAAACAUCGAUGAUGCCAAAACCUCAAUGGCAUGCACCCUGGAAAUUGAUGAGGGUAAUCAGCGGUCACCUCGGAUGGGUUCGAUGUAUCGAUGUCGAACCGGCUAACGAAUGGUUUGUGACUGGAGCUGCUGAUCGUGUUAUUAAAAUCUGGGACUUGGCUAGUGGUACAUUGAAACUGUCAUUGACUGGACAUGUUUCCACUGUGCGUGGAGUUGCUGUUAGUACUCGUCAGCCAUAUCUAUUUUCUUGCGGUGAAGAUAAACAAGUAAAAUGUUGGGAUUUAGAAUAUAACAAGGUCAUUCGACAUUAUCAUGGACAUUUGAGUGCUUGUUAUGCGUUGGCUCUUCAUCCAACGUUGGAUAUUCUUGUUUCUAGCGGCCGAGAUUCUGUUGCACGCGUUUGGGAUAUGAGGACAAAAGCACAAAUUCAUUGUUUAACCGGUCAUACAAAUACUGUUGCCGAUGUCAAAGUUCAAGCAGCUGAUCCAGAGAUUAUAACCUGUAGUCAUGAUAGUACAAUACGUUUUUGGGAUAUGGUGGCAGGACGAACAUAUUGUACUCUUACACAUCAUAAAAAAAGUGUUCGUUCAUUAGCAAUUCAUCCAAAAUGGUAUACUAUGGCUUCAGCAUCUCCCGAUAAUAUAAAAGAAUGGAAAUUUCCAAAAGGUGAAUUUAUACAAAAUUUGAGUGGUCAUAAUGCAAUAUUGAACGCUUUAGCAGCCAACGCCGAUAAUGUUCUUGUCUCUGGCGCUGAUAAUGGUUCAUUGUAUUUUUGGGAUUGGAAAACGGGUUAUAAUUUUCAACGACUCCAAACAAAAGCACAAUCAGGUUCAAUUGAACCAGAAAUGGGCAUUUAUGCAAUGACAUUUGAUCACAGUGGAAGUCGUCUAAUAACAUGUGAAGCAGACAAAACCAUUAAAAUAUACAAAGAAGAUGAGACGGCAACUGAACAAUCAAAUCCAGUUGAUUGGAAACCAGACAUUUUUAAACGAAAAAGAUAUUAG